UCUCUUCAAAAAAUCAUCAUCAUUCAUCACUCUCACAAAACCCAAAUGGAUUUCUUUCAAAACACAAUUGCAAUUGUUCUCCUUUCAACAGUCAUUCUCUUCAUAUUUCUAUUCCAUCAUUCCAAAUCCAACAAAACCAAACAACCCCCAAUGGUUCCUGGUGCAUGGCCAAUAAUUGGUCACCUUCCUCUCUUAAGCAAAUCUCCAGCAACUCAUCAUCUUUUUGGUGCCAUGGCUGACAAACAUGGUCCUCUUUUCACCAUCAAACUCGGCACAGCAACAACUCUUGUGAUCAACAAUUGGGAAACCGUGAAAGAAUGCUAUACAACAAACGACAUUGCUGUGUCCUUUCGUCCAAACCUCGUUGCAUUCGAACACAUGACAUAUAAUUAUGCCAUGGUUGGUUUUGCACCUUACGGUCCCUUUUGGCGCGAAAUGAGGAAAAUUGUUACGUUAAGUUUUCUAUCAAAUCAUAGAAUCGAUCUAUUAACUCACGUUCGUGUGUCUGAAGUUCAAACUUCGAUCAGAGAACUUUUUAGUUCUUGGAAAAAUAAAAAAGACGAAAAGGGAUAUUUAUUAGUCGAGAUGAAGAAAUGGUUUCAUGAGUUGGCUUUUAAUACCGCGCUUCAAAUGGUUGCUGGGAAGAGAUAUUUUGGUGAGAGUGUGAUGGUGAAAGAAGAAGAAGCGAAUCGAUGUUUGAAUGCUUUGAGAGAUUAUAUGCGUUUGAUUGGUGUUUUUCCUAUUGCUGAUGCUGUUCCAUUUUUAAGGUUGUUUGAUUUUGGUGGACAUGAGAAGAAUAUGAAGGAAAAUUUUAAGGAAUUGGAUGGUGUUGUGACAGAGUGGUUAGAUGAGCAUAAGAAGAAGAGGGUUGAUGAUAAGAGUAAAAAAGAUCAAGAUUUUAUGGAUGUGAUGCUUUCUACUAUUGAUGGAACAAAUAUUCAUGGAUUUGAUUCAGAUACUGUCAUCAAAGCCACAACUCUGGCACUAGUUUUGGGAGCAACAGACACUAGCAGUGUAACACACAUAUGGGCAUUGUGCUUAUUAUUGAACAAUCCUCAUGCACUGGAAAAAGUUAAAGAAGAAAUCGAUCUCCACAUCGGCAAAGAGCGACUAUGCAUUACUGAAUCAGAUAUAAAUAAGUUGGUGUACCUUCAAGCCGUUGUCAAAGAAACACUAAGGUUGUAUCCAGCAUCUCCGCUCUCAGGAAUUCGCGAAUUUAGAGAAGAUUGCAAAAUUGGUGGCUACCAUGUGAAGAAAGGAACUCGACUAUUCACAAACUUGUGGAAGAUCCAAACCGACCCUAGUGUUUGGUCGGAUCCAUUGGAGUUCAAGCCUGAGAGAUUUCUUACGACUCAUAAAGAUGUUGAUGUUAAGGGUCAGCAUUUUGAAUUCUUACCAUUUGGAAGCGGAAGAAGAAUUUGUCCCGGAAUAUCUUUCGCUCUUCGAAGUGCUUAUUUGACUCUUGCAAAUUUUCUUCACUCCUUUGAAGUCUUGAAAACUUCUAGUGAGCCUAUUGAUAUGACUGCUGUUGUGGAAACAACCAACAUCAAAGUUACUCCUCUUGAAGUUCUCAUCAAGCCUCGUUUGGCUCCUAAUUAUUAUGAAAAUAUGCAAUCAUUUAUAACUAGCAUAUGAUUAUGCUUAAGAUUAUGGGUCUUGAUUGUAUCUUCCCAUUAUUUUUGAACCGUUUUAGCAAAUUUGGACCUCUUAAUUUGAAUAAAUUGGAUGAACUUUUAAGAUUAUGGUAGACAUUUUAUGUGAUUAUCUUGUUCGAAUUCAGAAUAUCUUCUUUGUUUGCUGAGUUUUCA